AUGAAGGUCCAAUAUUCUGUCGCUUUGCUGUAUGCCUUAUCAUUGGCUAAUGCUCAUCCCAUCGAGAAAUUAUGGAAGAGAUUUACCUCCACUGAACCUUCAAUGGAUCAAUUGGUGAAUACAACAUCGUUUGUGUACCCUCAGGUCGCUUCCAAAGAAGUGUUCCCAAUGGAUACCUGUAAUGGUAUUACUUUGGAAGAUGCAACCAUUGACCAAUUGCAAGAUUAUUUCAAUAGAGGAAUCCUGUCUUCAGAAGAUGUCGUCGGUUGUUAUUUGGAUCGUUAUUUCCAAGUUAAUCCUUACGUCAACGGUAUCCUCCAAGUAAAUCCAGACUGCCUAUCCAUCGCUAGGGAAAUGGAUCGCGAAAGAGCUGCCGGUAUUGUGAGAGGUCCAUUACACGGAAUACCUUUCCUUGUUAAAGAUAAUUUUGCAACAAAAGACAAGAUGGAUACAACUUGUGGUUCGUGGAUGCUACUCGGAUCUAUUGUACCAAGGGAUGCACAUGUCGUUUCUAAGUUGAGAGACGCUGGUGCGGUAUUAUUCGGUCAUUCGACUCUUAGUGAAUGGGCAGAUAUGAGAUCCUCUAGCUAUUCUGAAGGUUACUCGGCUCGUGGUGGACAGGCUCGUAAUCCCUUCAACUUGACCUUGAACCCUGGUGGGAGUUCAUCCGGUAGUGCAGGUGCAAUCGCAGCUAAUAUGGCUAUGUUUUCUCUAGGUACUGAGACUGAUGGAAGUGUUAUUGAUCCUGCAACAAGAAACGGCAUUGUCGGUUUCAAACCAACUGUGGGUUUGACUUCAAGGGCCGGGAUUAUUCCAGAAUCAGAACAUCAGGAUACUGCAGGAUCUCUUGCAAGGACAGUACGUGAUGCUGUUUAUGCAUUUCAAUACAUGUGGGGUGAAGAUGAAAGAGAUGUCUACACCAGAAACCAAACCGGUAACGUACCAGAAAAUGGUGAUUAUAUCAGCUUUCUAUCUAACAAAGAUGCAUUGAAAGGUGCUAGAUUCGGUCUCCCAUGGCAGAAAUUAUGGACUCACGCUAGACCGGACCAAGUUGAGAGGCUUCUGGGCGUCAUUCAGUUAAUUGAGGAAGCCGGUGCCACCGUCUACAAUAAUACAGAUUUCGGUAACCUGGAUGUCAUUUCAGAUGAUGGUUGGGACUGGGAAAUGGGUGCUACGAAUGAAAGUGAAUUCACGGUUAUCAAAGUUGACUUCUAUAAUAACAUCAAAUCCUAUCUUAGCGAACUUGAAAAUACCAAUAUUAGGUCUUUAGAGGAUAUCAUUGCAUAUAAUUAUGAAUUUAGUGGUACUGAAGGCGGUGAACCUGGCGUUCAUCCUGCUUUUUCUUCCGGGCAAGAUUCUUUCUUGGAUUCUUUGGCCUGGGGAGGUGUUCAAAAUGAAACCUAUUGGCAAGCUGUUGAAUUCGUUCAACGGAGUUCCAGAGAUGAGGGUAUUGACUAUGCUCUAAACUACACGGACACAGCUACUGGAGAAAACUUCAAAUUAGAUGGCCUGUUAGUGCCAAGUGGGCUUUCUAUUACUUAUCAACAGGCGGCUAAGGCAGGAUACCCAAUGAUAACUUUACCAGUCGGACAGCAAUCUAAUGGGAGACCAUAUGGACUCGGUAUUAUGCAAUCACAGUGGCAAGAGCCUAAGUUGAUUAAGUACGGGUCGGCUAUCGAAGACUUAUUGCAAUACAAAAUCAAACCACAAUUCUACGACUAUUUGGCCAAAAAUGUUCCUGUUUAUUAG